GGAUGGGAGGGGGUGUGGCCACAAGAGGUGAAUGGUGAUUGGCUCCGAACCGCGGCGGGACGGAGUAAAAGGCGGAAGCGGAGGUUGGGGACUGGGCUUUGCGGGCGCGUGAGAAGGAGCGCUAUGGAAGGAGUCAAGUGUCCGGAGCACGGGUCCUUCUGCCUUUUGAAAACCGGAGUGCGCGAUGGCCCGAAUAAAGGAAAGAGCUUCUAUGUGUGCCGAGAGGACUCAUGCAGCUUCGUGAAGACCACCGACAUUCCUGUUUCUCAUUGUUUAUUGCAUGAGGACUUUGUGGUAGAGCUUCAGAGUUUGUUUCCACUACAGGGCAAGAAAGAAUGCAGGUUAUUCUUCCGAUGCACGAGAAGCAAGGCAGAGGGAAAACACUGGUGUGGAAGUGUUCCCUGGCAGGAUCCUAAUUCUAAAGAAUAUCCUGUAACCAAUAAAUCUCAGCCCACAUCUGAGCCAUUUCCUCAUCCUUCCAGUCAGCCAAGAAACCCAUUCAAGGUUCUUGACAAGAAUCAAAACCCAGCUCUCUGGAAACAGUUUGUCAAAGGGGGAGGGGAGGAAAAUAUGGCUGCUAAGAAGUCAAGGGAAAAAGGAGACCAGUCCAUGUAUCAAAAGCCUGACUCUAACUGCUCGAUGGAGAAAGAGUUCUCAUCUAGUCUGGUAAUAAAGAAAAAGCAAUCUGGAAUUCAAGAGGAGGAGCAAGAAGAGACAACAGAGGAAACUAAAGGAAUUACAUCCAGACAGCACCCAGGGAAUGGGCCGAGAGGACCAUCUGUAUCUCCUCAGGAGAAGUCAGAUGGUGAGAGUAAAAAUAUUCAAAACAAAUCAGAAUCUCCAAGAGAAAAGGAAACCCAGUUUUUGCCUCAGAAGAUACAUGGUCAGAACCAAGUAAGCCAGCCUCAAAAAGGGGAUCACCUCGGCAAGGAGCACCUCAAGAACUUGGAAGCUAAAGAAGCAAAGGCAAAGGAUGGCCCAAGUACGCAGACCUUCCAGAAAAGGCUGCCCCAGGAGCAUUUCCAGGCACCCUCUGGGACCCAGGGACCUGCUCCUAAAGGACAAGCAGCACCAGGGCUUUCCCUGGGCGAGGGGUGCCCUGCUGCCUCCAGCAGUAGUGAAAGUGAGGAAGAUGACGUUUCCUGCAUUCCAGGAAGCCCUCUACUCUUUGACUCGACUAUGGACUCACCGAAGUCAGAGAACCUUCAACUCCCUGUUCAAAGUGUGCAAAGAAAAACAUCUGCUUCCUUGAACGUUUCCAAGAAGAAAGAACCCUCCGAUCCAGCUGCCCAGCGUGUGUACCUUACAACACAACUGAAACAAAAGAAGAGCACAUUGGCAGUGGUGAACAUCCAGGCUCUUCCAGACAAAGGUGAAAAGUUACUCAAGCAAAUCCAGAUGUUGGAGGAAGCACUCAGUACUCUUGCCCUCUCCCCAGAGCAAGGAACUAGUGAGAAGAGUAACACUCAAGCACAACAGAGUACCCUCACCAAAACUACUGUGGGCCCUCCUCACGUGGUGUCUCCCCAGCCCCUUGUGGGUCAUGAUCUCCAGCCUCUGGACCCUUUAAGACUACAGGCAGCCUGCCAGGUAACUACUGGAGGACUCAGCCACUGCUCUGGAGAUCCCAGGAACCAAGAUCACCUUUAUUCAGUAUGGAAAAUCACAAGUGAAGCCAUUGAUAGGCUGCAUCGAUCACUGGAGUCAUGUCCUGGUGAGACAGCAGUGGCAGAAGAUCCAGCCGGCUUGAAGGUGAGCUGUGAAGACUCGUGGUACAGAGUAUCUCUUAACAUAUUGAUUUCUUUCCCCCCUCAAGACUCCUCUGACUUUACUUCCCAUGGAACACUAAUUGUCUGUCCCGCUUCCCUCAUCCAUCAUUGGAAAAAUGAGGUUGAGAAACGUGUGAACUGCAACAAACUAAGAGUCUAUCUCUAUCAUGGGCCAAACAGGAAUCUGACUGCGAAAGCCCUCUCUAUGUAUGACAUCGUGAUUACUACUUACAGCCUUCUGGCCAAGGAGAUUCCCACAGUGAAGCAGGAGAGAGAGGUUCCAGGUGCAAACCUCAGGGUAAAGGGCAGCUCAACACCUUUGCUUCAAAUAGUCUGGGCUCGAAUUAUAUUGGAUGAAGCUCAUAAUGUGAAGAAUCCCCGUGUGCAGACGUCCAUUGCUGUGUGUAAGCUGCAAGCCCGUGCCCGUUGGGCUGUCACUGGAACCCCUAUACAAAACAACCUGUUGGAUAUGUAUUCACUGCUGAAAUUUCUCCGCUGUUCUCCAUUUGAUGAAUUCACCCUGUGGAAAAGUCAGGUUGAUAAUGGUUCAAAGAAAGGAGGAGAACGGUUAAGUAUUUUAACUAAGAGCCUUCUGCUGAGGAGAACAAAGGACCAACUGGACUCCACUGGCAAACCCUUGGUGAGGCUGCCUCAGCGUAAAUUUCAGCAGCACCGUUUGAAGCUUUCUGAAGAUGAAAAGCUGGUUUAUAAUGUCUUUUUUGCAAGAUCAAGAUCUGCUCUGCAGUCCUAUCUGAAAAGAGAUGAAAGUAGAGAUAACCAAUCUGGAAGAAGCUCUAAUAAUCCAUUCAUCAGAGUGGCCCAGGAGUUUGGGUCCAGUGGGCCUGGGCAGACCAUGGCAGCAGACUCACAGAGAUCCAGCACCGUCCACAUACUGUCCCAGUUGCUGAGGCUCCGUCAGUGUUGCUGCCAUCUUUCUUUACUGAAGUCGGUCCUGGAUCCUGCAGAUCUGAAGAGCGAAGGCCUUGUCCUAUCCCUAGAGGAACAGCUCAGUGCUCUGACCUUGUCGGAACUCCAUGACUCAGAGUCCUCUCCUACUGUUUCCCUUAAUGGCACACCCUUCAAGGUGGAACUUUUCGAAGACACACGACAGAGCACCAAGAUAUCAUCUCUGUUGGCAGAGUUGGAGGCAAUCCGAAGAAAUUCAGGGUCCCAAAAGAGUGUCAUUGUCUCUCAGUGGACCAGCAUGCUGAAAGUGGUAGCACUGCAUCUUAAGAAGCAUGGAUUCACUUAUGCCACCAUUGAUGGCUCCGUCAAACCCAAACAGAGAAUGGACUUGGUGGAGGCGUUUAACCAUUGCAGGGGCCCUCAGGUUAUGCUAAUCUCUCUUUUGGCUGGAGGUGUUGGUCUAAACCUAACUGGAGGAAAUCAUCUUUUUCUUCUGGAUAUGCACUGGAAUCCAUCACUUGAAGAUCAGGCUUGUGACAGAAUUUAUCGAGUAGGGCAGCAGAAAGAUGUUGUGAUACACAGAUUUAUUUGUGAAGGAACAGUGGAAGAGACCAUCUUACAGCUCCAGGAAAAAAAGAAAGAUCUGGCACAACAGGUUCUGUCAGGGUCUGGAGAAUCUGUCACCAAGCUCACCUUGGCUGACCUCAAAAUCCUUUUUGGCAUCUAAGGUCCUGUCUAUAGAGUAUCGAAUAGUGCCAUUUCUGAUGUGGUAGGGUCCAGGACUAAAACCCUAGCACAAUCCCUGAGCUCUGUUCUUGCGUUCCUUUUCACCUUCAAGCCUUAACACUCUCCUCUCAAAAUGGGGAAUAAUCUUAUCCCUAGAAUUGAGGAUGGGUUAUCAUAUUCAACAACCAGCACUCAUGUUAAUCAACCAGUUUAUUUGAAGAAUGGCACAGAAAUUAAUCCAUCUUUUCAGAUAAAGAAAUGCCUUGGAGCUACAUGGUUUUGAAGGCCAUCUCUCACAGAAUUGGAUUUAAGCUUCAGUAAAGCUCAAAAAACCCUGUGUUUCUUCUCCGUCCUGAGCUGUUGGGAAAAGCAGUGUUAUUACCAUCCCCGACACAGACUCCACCCAUCUUUCCAUCUCUUGGUGCUGGUGAGAAUGCUCCUGUGAAUGUCCCUCUGGGCCGAGCAGCGUCGAUCUCCGUGGCCAGCCAUUCUCUGCAGCCAUUGCAGUCCAGGUGGUUCUCCCUCUCAGAAUUAAUUUCAGGGAGGUGCUUUGCAUAUAAAAUAGAUGUUAAGUAUCUGUGCCGUUUAGUACCAGCAUGUCUUUUUGGUAUUUACAUCAUUUGUUUCAUCUAGUAGUAUUUCAAUAUCAAAUGUCAUUUAGGUUUUGUUGCUGAUGGUGGUGGGGAUUGAACCCAGGAGUGCUCUACCAUUGAGCUACUCACCUAGUUUUUGUUAUUUUUAAUUUUGAGACAUUCCUAAAAACUUACUUUCCUAAUUUCUGCUAGAAAAAAUCAUGUAAUUCUUCCCAGAUAGAAAUAUUUCCUCAAAGUUGGAUAAAGAAACAAAACCCUGUGUUAACACAGUCACAGUAGGAACUGAGACACUGUAGUGUUCAAGUAAAGCUUCCCUCUCAGGACCAGAUAUUAAAGGCUUAUAAAUAUAAUGGGGCCCUGGUGGGAAGAAUUCUGAUCUGGGCCUUUGACUCAGCUCUAAUUCUAGUUUCCCGUUAGCUGGGCUGCCUGGCCAGCGUUGGAGAUUCAGGGUGCUCCUGGGGCACUCUCCUGCAUGCCCAUGCCUUUCUUGGAGGCCACAGUGUGGGUGCUUUCCUGGAGCUUGCGGGGGAGCUGGGACUGGUGAGCCUCCUGUGCCCCAUGUCAUUUUGUGCCUGGCUUUAUCUUAGUUCCUUCUGCUUUAUGUUCUAGUGACUUGAGCACUCAUCAUCCAGGGCAAAGUAAGGAGUCCAGGACAGGGAUAAGGACCCUGGGUCAUGGCCAGAGGAGUGGGGUGCCAACAUUCACUGGGCACAGAGCGGACCUGAGCGGGUGUCCCUGGCCUGACUUCAUCUUGGUGUCAGUGGGAGCCCCCAGGCAGAUCCCUGCACAGAAUGGGCAUGUUAUUGUGUAUCUCACUGGACACAGGACUCAUCAGUGUUUUUAGGCCACAAACUUCAAGAAAAAGAGAACCCUAACAAAAAAUAGUCAGCAGAGGGAUUGUAUUAGAUGAGUCUUUGAAGAGGUUUCUGGAUGUCAUAAGCCUCAGGAAAGUAAUGAUGGCCUCUGAGAGCUGAUGGUCUUUGCUACUGUGCAGGUUACCAAUCCUGAGUAACCCUCCCGGACCUCGCCCUACUCCCUGCUUGGUGAGGAUAUUUUUCUUGAGACUCAAAUGAUGCCAUCCUCUGGUUGACUUUAGCCUCCAUCUGUAACAGGGAACUAACUGUUUUUUCCAGAAGCCUAUUUUUUAAUUCAUGCAUGCAUGCUUUUUCCUGAGUGAGAUGUUUACAAGAUCAGAUAUAUUCAUUUUCCCCAGUGAAAUGACUCACUUUGGACCAUUUUGCAAAUGGAGGACUUUGCUGCUUAUUCUCCAGGAUGGCGCAUCUGCUUUUGUCUCCAUUCAGAUGAGGCUCUGGAAGCUCCCAAAUUUGAAUCAUCUUAUAAUGUAUUUAUGGGGGGAAUCUGGAAGAGAAAAGGGUUGUAGAAUUUGGAUUCUGAAAAAAAUACAGAGGGCUGGGCAUGUUGCUCAGUAGUAGAGUGCUUGCCUGGUAUGCACAAGGUCCUAGGUACCACAAAAAAAGAAACAAGACAAAACGGAAGUAGGUGGAGGCUGGGAAAGAGCAUUGCAUCUGUAUAUAUUUUUUUAAUAUAUAAGAAAGUUUAUUAUCCCCAGUUAUCAAAAUGUUUAUUAUCCACACCAACUCUGUUUAUGGAAGUGGGCUGGCCAGGUUGGACAAAUGUAUGACCUAAUUCACACCAAUAGAGAUGGCAUUUCAGAUUCAUCACCAGAGGAGGAAAGGAAUGUAAAUCCCUGGCUGCCAUUUCCAGCACAGCGUAUAAGUCCUAGAUGUAAACUGUGUUUUUCUAUGGAAAUUUAUUUUUUCUUCUUUAAAAUAAAAAAAAAAAAAACCAAAAACAUUGUCAGUGCAUCUACUUACCUAGAACAAACAUUACUUGAUAAAAAAGUCCAAGACAGACUCCAAUACGUUAAUACUGGGCGAUUUCAACACACCUCUCUCACCAGUAGGCCAUUCACACAUAGAUUAAGUAAAUACUCUUCAGACCUAAAAAAUACUAUCAAUCAAAUGGGCCUAACAUGUAUGAAGACUUGAAUUGGGUAUAAACAGAUACACACAGAGAGAGAUGAAAAAUUGUGGUAUAUAUGUGUAAUAAGAAUUGUAACGCAAAAAAAAACCAAAGUACAUGUAUAAAUUGGCAUGAACGAAUCGGCGUGAAAAUACUCCAAAUACAAAGAUAUGAAAAAUUGUACUCUAUAUGUGUAAUAAGAAUUGUAAUGCAUUCCACUGUCAUGAA